AUGUCCGACUUUGGCGAUGAUGAUGUCGGUGGUGGCGGUGACGAUAACGUCUUCGAGGAAGAAGAUGUGACCGAGUUCUACGAACCCGAGGUCGCUGAGGGGGACGAAGACCAGGAUCAGCUCGAGAACGGCGAGGACCAGGACAACAUUGUCAUCUCGGGGGACCCUUCCGCGGCCGCCAACGCGAUUCGCGCCGACAAAUCCAGCAAAGACAAGAAGAUUCCCGACUCGGAGCGCAAUACGACACCAUACAUGACGAAAUACGAGAGGGCGCGUAUCUUGGGUACCCGCGCUCUGCAGAUUAGCAUGAACGCCCCUGUACUGGUCGACCUGGAAGGCGAGACGGAUCCUCUGCAGAUCGCCAUCAAAGAGCUUCGCGAAAAGAAGAUUCCUCUGAUUGUGCGACGAUACCUACCGGAUGGCUACUAUGAGGACUGGACCUGCGAGGAACUUCUUCAGUAG